GGAGUCUAUGCCAUGUCUGCGACUGUAAUGUCUAAUCGACCCCUAAAUCAAUGUUUUCAAUAAAGACAGCGUUUUUCUGGCAUUCAAUGCAUUCAUUGAUUUGAUUGUGUCUUCAGUGCCGAAGAUAGCAGUUGUCGUGUCUGCACACCGACUCACCACUCAUUGUAGCCAUCGUUGGGUGGACACCACUUGACGGACACUAUGGCAUUGUCGACGACCGCCGAGUCGGUGGUGACCGGCAAGACGUGGGAACUGUCUCUCUAUGAGCUGCACCGGACGCCACAAGACGUGGUGACGGACACGACGGAGAUAGCGGUGUCGCCGCGGAGUCUGCACUCGGAGCUCAUGUGUCCGAUAUGUCUGGAUAUGUUGAAGUGCACGAUGACUACGAAGGAGUGUCUGCACCGCUUCUGUCAGGAGUGUAUCAUCACUGCACUCAGGAGUGGCAACAAAGAGUGCCCGACGUGUCGCAAGAAACUCAUCUCCAAACGCAGCCUCCGACACGACCCCAACUUCGAUAUGUUGAUCUCCAAGAUCUACCCGUCCCGUGACGAGUAUGAGGCCCAUCAGGAGCGGGUGUUAGCGAAGCUCAACAAACAUCACUCACAGAACUUCGUCAACAACAUCGAGGAGAGCCUUCGUAUCCAAUCGCUCAACAGAGCGCAACGGAUCAAGAAGUUCAACGAAGACGGCAUCGACAGACCCGGUAUAGACUACUCCUCCCAUUCCGCUCACUCUCACACACCCCCACCUCCCCUCUCCCAUUCGCCGCAAUCGUUGAGCGGAGACUCGACUCCAUUGACGCAAAUGCGGAAGAAAUACCUGAAAAUGUCUGAAAACGACUCGAACUGCGGCUCCGCUCACGAGAAGGACGGCGACGAGACGGAGGGCGCGGACUCUGAGCGGUCGGCCGCCAGCACUCCACUCAUGGAUAUAUCGAGCUCCUCGUCGGUUGCCUCGCAUUUGCCGAUCUUUCACGAGAUUGAACUCGUGUUCAAACCAUUGCCGCAUCAGAUGGAGGACCAGGACUUGACGCUAACGCAGACCCGUUAUAUCAAGACGACGACCAACGCAUCGGUCGACCAUUUAGUCAAAUACCUAUCGAUGCGACACAUCCUCGACUGCUCUAACGGUACGUCACAACAGGACGUGAAGGAGACGUCCAGCGAGGCGUCGCUGUUCACUAUAUACGUGGCGGCCGGUCCCGGACAGUACCAGCCCCUCGUCGGACCCAUGACUCUCUACCAGAUCAACGACAAGUACUGGAGAGUCAACAGACCUCUGGAGCUGUUCUACGCCUACAAAAUGCAAACCGCUUCGUAGACUCCGUGUGUUUUUCACCACUCAUUCCCAUUACGCCGAAACCCAUACAAUGAUUUUUGCUUUUUUCCUAACAUUUAUCAUAUAUCUCUG